AACGACAGACGACACUAGUUGAUCGGUCUGUUGGUUCAGGAGGUUAUGUUUUUUAAUCAUAAAGUUCGAAUAAUGACAUGUUUGGUACGACAAGCGUUACUUGUCACUUUCACUCUAAAACGUCAUACUGACAAUCUGUGAACAAUCGGGAGAAAAUUAACGCGAAUACCUUCGACUGAGACAUGCGCAAUGUUAAAGCAUGGUUGUCACUCCACGAAAGAUGAAACAGGUUGCCUUUUCCGUGAUUUGUGUUAUAUUAGUGUUAGGUUUCUACAAAACAUUAGUUAGUCCAGAAGAAGAACAAUCUUUUCCUAGAGUUCAUUCAAGGGACCGUAAAUCUCACAUGGGGGAUAAGAAUGAUAUCGUAGUUGUCAAUCAGAAAGUUGAAGAAGCCGAAGAAGAUGCACCUUACACAGAUAUUAAAAACAUCGAAGAAGCAAAAAUACGAAUUCGUGAUUUGGAAGGUAAACUGCAGCAUCUUGAAGCCAAAAUUGAGAACAGAGUCUCAAAGGAUUUUCCAACAGUCAAGUUCCUUAAUUAUAAAAAUCGAAAAAGAAUUUUGGUCACGGGUGGAGCAGGCUUUGUUGGAUCACAUUUGGUUGACCGUUUGAUGCUUGCUGGUCAUGAAGUAAUAGUUGUAGAUAACUUCUUCACUGGAAGAAAACGCAAUGUUGAACAUUGGGUUGGUCAUGAAAACUUUGAGCUUGUUCACCAUGACAUUGUUAGACCCCUUUAUUUAGAAGUUGAUGAAAUCUAUCAUCUUGCCAGCCCAGCUAGUCCACCACACUAUAUGCUUAAUCCAGUAAAAACAAUAAAGACAAAUACUUUAGGUACAAUAAAUAUAUUAGGCCUUGCAAAACGGGUAGCAGCAAGAGUUUUAAUCGCUAGUACAUCAGAAGUUUAUGGAGAUCCUAACGAGCAUCCCCAAGCAGAAACUUACUGGGGCCAUGUGAAUCCCAUUGGGCCAAGAGCUUGUUACGAUGAAGGAAAACGUGUUGCUGAAACGUUAAGCUAUGCUUACAUGAGGCAAGAAGGCGUUUCAGUUCGUGUUGCCCGAAUUUUUAACACUUUCGGGCCCAGAAUGCAUAUGAACGAUGGGCGCGUAGUUUCGAAUUUUAUUCUGCAAGCAUUACAGAAUGAUUCAAUCACUAUAUACGGUAGUGGAAAACAGACUCGAUCCUUCCAGUAUGUGUCUGAUUUAGUCGAUGGACUAGUUGCCUUGAUGGCAUCUAACUAUACUCAACCUGUGAAUAUUGGAAAUCCCAUUGAGCAUACGAUAGAAGAUUUUUUACUAAUUACAGAAUUUGCACUUAUAAUAAAGGAUCUAGUUGGUACAAAUAGUAAAGUUGUUGAGCUUGCCGCGGUCGAAGAUGAUCCUCAAAGGAGGAGACCCGAUAUUACUAGAGCUAAGAAAUACUUGGACUGGGAGCCAAAGGUUCCUUUAGCCGAAGGACUUAAGAAAACGAUCAUUUACUUCGCUAAAGAACUACAAAGAACAAAACACUCGCAAAAAAGUAGUUUUAACGUAAAAUCUUAUAAAAACGAUCACGAUAUAGUAGAACAACUUUAGGAGAUAAAAGGUCAACACGAUUAAUUUAUCCACUUUUAAGAGUGGCUUAAAAGUGCCAUUAAGCUAUGGACCACUACGUGCCAAAAGAUUCCCCGUCCAAAUUGAAUUUCGUAAUAAUUUUAACAUUAACCGGUACAUACUUUUCAUUUAACAAAUACAAAACGUUAGUUGCAAAAUUGAUACUGUAUAUUUAUAUGAUCAAUAUUAUUUCAGCCUUAAGACGUGAUACUAUGUUUGUAAAGUUCCAUAUAUUAUUUUAUUUACUGUUCAUAACUGCAGGAUUAAUUUUGAAUAGCCGUUGUUUUAAACAUGUUUAUUACACGACGGAAUGGAAAAUACUAAUCGUGUUUAUAAUGUGUCUUUUACGUAAGAAAGUUUUGAUCGCAUAGUCCUGGCAAUUUUUCGAUAUAGAUGAGGCAGUAACGGUGCUGGUGGAAGUUAUUCAUAUCCUUCGUUCUGUGGGAAUUACUAGGGUAAAUUAUAUAUAAAAACUCUAAUAUAUUCAGCUGAUUUUACUUAAUAUUUCAGUAUAGUCGAUUCUCCUUCGAUUAUACAUGUUCAUUGUCUUUUAUCAAAUUUAUGAAACAUCUAUCAUAGUAACAUAAUCAAUGUGCACCUGUACAAUUAGUAAAUUUUUUAAAAACGUUUGUCAUCAAAUUUGUUAUUACAGAAAGAAGGACGUUCCCACUUUUCUCGUUCUGAUAAACGGGAAACUCAAACUUUGUUGUAUUACCUAUAUAAUAAUUGUAUUGUGUGAUGUAUACAUCGUGUAGUCGUAAGCCGCGGUACUGUAAUAUUCAAAUGCGUGUAAACAGGAAAGUAAUUUUAUACUAUAUGAAUAACUAUACACGAGUAAGUGAGUAAACAGCUUUGUAAAGAUAUCUCCUUUCCGUUACAGUCAUUAUAUUAGUUUACAUGUAGAAAGAAAAUACAAAAUGAAUGUUUACACUACAUGUAUAGUCAGCGGUGUACUUACUUUCUUCGUACGCUCUCAAAAAAAUGUGAGAAUAACUGUAUCUCCAAUAAUGCAUGUAACUCGAAAAUAUCAGAUUUUUUUUUUUAUUAUUUCCGUGCGGUUAAUUGGCCUCCGAUGUUAUUUAUGAAUCUAUAUUUUUAUGAAAUACCCUCUGUACAGUCUUCUAGCAACCACCAUUCAAUUUGCUUUCUUUAUCAACAACCACAAAUAUCGUUGCGCAAAAAUGGAAGGGGACAAUCGUCACGAACAAAUUGCUCGUUUUACUUGCAAUAACUCGCAACCACCGAGUCAGAAGGGCAUACAUUGUUGCAUAACGAUCUGAUGAUUCUUCUUGUCCGGUUACAGUCCAACUAGAUAAUAUUAUAAUUCUGCCAAGCAUAUACCACUUACUGAAGACGCAUUCCAGCGCGGAAUUGAAGAAUCGUCCAUGCCGUUAAAGAGCGUAUUUGAAGGGCCGAUUGGACGUAAUGGGUGUCGCGUGGGCCUUGACAGGGCGCACGUGGUCGUCCUGUCUCCGCUGAAAGAGAACGAACCAUCACCUACCAGGGUGACAAAGAGAAGAGACGAGAGUGGAUUGGCAAAAGUGAGGAGGGGCAAUAAGACUUGCUGGGAUUCUUAAUGAUAAUCAUUGCAUCCGGGAUAUACCGUAGCUUUAUCGUAGCAGAUGAAAAUGCCGCAAGGGUGAAGUGACCUAAUCGUUACUGAACCAGACUACCAACGGUUCCGACUCAGAAGGAAAUAAGCUUGCUACUGCUCGUUAAGAUGUACGAGGUAGUAAUCGAGGAGUAUCACUACGUAAUCGACGAACUCGAAAGACUUCCUGUCUGGAGAGACCGGAGGAACAGGUGACCCAAUUCACCGUAAAGUAACUCUCACCGGUGGUCCAGCGGUAAUCCGACCUGUUUAUCAGUAAAUGAAACGGCGAUCGUUCGUCUAACGUAACGUUUUUUUUAUUAAAUUAUGAUGCAACCCAUUUAUUUUUUUUUCCAAUUUGGUCGAACUCAAAAUCAACACGUAGAAAUAUAUUCUAAAUAACAUUUUUCCUUGUUUUUUGGUACUAUUUUUCCGAAAUAAAUGUUGACUUUGCAAUACAA